AUGGCGUUACAAUCACUGUCCUUGUACGACGGUGAGUUACUCUCGGACCCUACCUCUUUCCGUAGCUUGGUUGGCGCACUGCAGUAUUGCACUAUGACUCGACCCGAUAUUUCUUUCGCUGUGAACAAGCUCUGUCAGUUUCUCCAUGCUCCAACAAGUGUACACUACCAAGCAGCCAAACGGGUACUUCGGUACCUCAAAGGCACCCCUCAUCUCAGUAUACUUCUUCAACCCGAUCACUCUCAUGACCUUCACUGUUUUACAGAUGCCGAUUGGGCUUCUUGCCCAGAUGAUCGCAGGAGCACUAGCGCCUACUGUGUGUUCUUCGAUCUCAAUCUCAUUUCUUGGUCAUCCGCCAAACAAAAAGUGGUCUCCCGUUCCAGUACCGAGUCUGAGUACCGUGCCUUAGCUAAUGGAGCUUUCGAAAUAUUUUGA